UCAAUGUGCGUACGCCGCGCGCGUUUUUAUUUCACAUUAAUUAAUUAAAUACUAUUUAAAGUCUUGUGGACAACGAAUACGUGCGUGUAAUCGGUUCUGCCGUCACUUUUUAUUUUCAUAUUUUGUUGUGCGUGUAGAGCGAGGGUGAAACAUAGUUUAAACAUAGAUACAGCUGCAGUGCCUGUCAAUUAUGCUUGGCUUCCCUAAUACAGAUGCUGCUGUUGUUGUCGCUGCUGCUGCUGCCGUUGUUGUUUAGCUUAGUAGACAAGUGGUUGACCACAGACAUUUGCCAUGAUGCGCUAUUCGGAAAUAUCGCGCGACCUCACCACGGAUAAUCUGCGCUACUCAGAGAUCGGCAGAAAACCCGCAGCGGACUAUAUGAGCUAUGGAGGGCAAACUUUUGUUACGGCUUCGCCCACACAGACACGUUGUCAGGCGCAGGCAUCGCCACAACAUUUGAGGCAGCCGAAGCAGCGCAACUCCAAUGGCAAUGCACACACCAUGGCCUGUUUGCGUCAGGACAAAGGGCCAAAGGAACUGCAGGCAGAGCAGGCGCAGGCACAGCAGCCAGCCAGCAAAACAUUGAACAUCAAGAGCACACGUCGCAAGAACUCCAUCGGCUGCUUGACCAGCUUUAGCUCGUCGCCAGACUCGCCCGGUUGUUACUACAGCAUAGCUACAACCGCCGCGCCAGCAAACAAAUCACAGAGUUUGCCAGCGCAUGGCUCCAUUAAGCAGCUGGAUGCAGUCAUUCUCAGUGCAUUGCGUGUACCCGCCGAUGUGUUGGCCAAUCAGAUAACGCUGCUUGACUUUCCCGUCUUUGCGCUGAUACAACCGGAUGAGCUGAGCAGCUGUGCGUGGACCAAAAAGGACAAGCAUGUGGUUACGCCCAAUAUUGUGGCGUUUACCAAGCGCUUUAAUCACACCAGCUUCUGGACAGUGCAGGAGAUACUCAAUGCCGAACAGCCCAAGCAGCGUGCUGAGAUCAUGACACACUUCAUCAAGGUGGCCAAGAAACUGCACGAACUGAACAACCUGCAUUCGCUGUUCGCCAUCAUCUCGGCCAUGCAAAGCGCCAGCAUUUAUCGCCUGAAAAAGACCUGGGCCUGCCUGUCCAAGAAGGAUCGGCAGUCUUUCGAGCGCCUGAGCGAUAUAUUCAGCGAUCAGAAUAACUGGGCUAAUUUGCGCUCGUAUUUGGAGAGUCUACGUCUGCCUUGCAUACCCUAUUUGGGUCUCUUUCUGACAGACUUGAUUUACAUCGACCUGGCGCAUCCGCAUAAGGGAGGCCUUGAGCCAGAGCAGCGGCGCAAUAAGAUGAACAAUAUACUGCGCGUCAUCUCGAACUAUCAGCAAUCUAACUACCAGCACAUACAGCCGCAUGAGUCCACGCAGAAAUAUCUCACUUCCAUACGCUACAUUGAAGAGCUGCAAAACAUAUUCGAGGAGGAUCAGUACAAACGUUCGUUGAAUCUGGAACCCGCCUCGCCCUCUGGGCCCAGUUCGUCAUCGUGCAGCUCGAAGGAAUCAUUCAAUGUGGAAUCGGUGACGCCAGCUCUCGGCUGCUUAAAUCUCUCGCCUGCCAAGACCAUCGGCUCCAUGCGCAUGGCCAGUGGGACAAAGUUUGUGCCGGGCCAUCGAAAGUGCCGCAGCCUGGGCACCAAAUUUCGCAGCAGCAGCCUGCCGCGCAACUUUGCACAAAGGUGUCAGUGCUGCAUUGUAAUGAUUGCGCCGGGCAUUGGCACAAUCUCCAACAAGCGUUGCAGAUGCCGCCGCAUCUUUGGCAAAAUAACGCAAAACAAUUACGAUGGACAUCCGCACCACUUGCAUCUGGAACACGACCUGAUUGGCUCUGGGCCGCCGCGUCAUCAUCUGCUCGACGACUCUGUGCUGGAGCACAGCGAUGCUCUGUCCAAUGCCGACUUGACCUCUCUGGAGAGCGCCGAGGGCAUCCUGGGCGACUUAACGGGCAGCAACUGUGAUCUGAUGUCGCCCGAGGCAGCGGCCGCCAUGCAGGGCUGCCUGCGUCGCAAGACGGUGCAGAAGGAGGGUCGAAAGCCCGCUGUUGCAUCAUGGCAGCGAUAUUGGGUGCAGAUAUGGGCCAAUUCGCUUGUCUACUUCCCGCCCAAGUCGUUCAAGGGCAGCGAGCGCGGUGACUUCAAGCGCGAGCCAUGCAAGGUGUGUCCGCUGGAGGGCUGGAGUGCGCACGUCAUCGACAAUACGAAGCAUAAGAAUUCAUUUGAGCUGUACCACCGCACCCUGGGCACCGUUUACAAGUUUCGCGCGGACAGUCCACAGAUGACGCACCUGUGGACGAACGCCAUUUGCAAGCUGGCGUCGACACGUGUGCCAAAGCCACUGCCCGCCAACCUGAUGUCCUUCGAGUGAGAGGGCCAACGAGAUAUUUAUGAUGUACUCAACAAUUAGUUUUAAUUAGCUCUUCAUUGUAUCACCCAAAACGACACGAGACAACACACAACAUAGAACAUUCCUGCAGCUCUCUGCUUGUUAACCAAAAACAAACCAAAACAAAAA